AUGGAGCAUCAUCCACGGGUUGGUUUCAACCUGCAGCCUCUUCUGGAAGAGCUGAACGCGGAGGAGUUGAGUCAGUUCAAAUCUCUACUGAAGUCCCUUCCUCAGGAAAGUAUAGUUCACCAGCAAGAGUUCCCCAAGACUGAGAUCGAUGAUGCCAACGGGAAGCAACUGGCAGAAAUUCUCAACGGCUGCCGCAAGUACUGGGCGGAAAUGGUGACCGUCCAGAUUCUUGACAAAAUGAACCGCGUCGAUCUGUCUAAGAGAGCCAUGGAUGAAAUCCAAGAAUCUGCUGUGAAAUCACUUCGUGAAAUAAAGGCCUCUAUGGUAGAUGUUACAACAAAUCACUUUAGAACUGAAUUGAAGACCAAAUUUGAUCAAAUCUGGAAGAACAACUUCUGCCCUGAAGCCACUGGAAACUUUCCUAUUGUCACCGAGAGAUACAAGGCAUUGAUCCCAUUCUGCAAUCCUCAAAUACUUACGGGGCCACUCACCCACACCGUGGUGCUGCACGGGGCUGCUGGUGUUGGGAAAAGUACGCUGGCCAAGAAGUUGAUGACCGAAUGGACAGAUGGCAACCUCGCCAGGAGAUUCCAAUUUGUUUUCUAUCUCAACUGCAAGCAACUCAACCAGAUGGGGCCAUGCAGUUGUGCUGAGCUAAUUGCCAAGGACUGUCCUGAGUUGGACGACGCCUCUCUGGAGGUGAUCGCCAAGUCACAGAACGUCCUGGUCGUCAUUGAUGAUUUUGAUGAGCUGAGUUACUCCCCUGGAGCGCUGAUCCGUGAUAUAUGUGAUGACUUGAAGACACAGAAGCCGGUACCCAUCCUCUUGAGCAGUUUGCUAACGAAGAAAAUCUUGCCCAGAGCAACAGUCCUGAUCACCACUCGAUCCUGGGCGCUGAGGGAACUCCGGCUCUUGAUGGGAGAGCCACUCGUCAUCAUAAAAAUUGAAGGCUUCUCAGAAACGGACAGGAAGGACUAUUUCUUGAAAAACUUCGAAGAUGAAUAUGAAGCCAUGAAAGCCUUUGACUUGAUAAAGAGCCAUACAGCUUUGUUCCCCAUGUGCUCGGCACCCAUAAUGUGCUGGCUCGUCUGUAAGUGUCUGAAGCUGCAGAUGGAGAAACGGGAGGACCCCACUGCCACGUGUCAAACCACCACAUCUCUAUUCCUGCAUGUCCUGUGCAAUCAGUUCUCGCGGGUACCUGGCGCCUGCCCCAGUCGGAGCUUCCAAGCCCCGUUGAAGGUUCUGUGUCUCCUGGCAGCUAGGGGUGUGUGGAAACACACAUCUUUAUUUGCAGGGGAGGAUGUCAACUGCCUUGGUGUGAAGGAAUCCGAGAUUAGCCCUUUCCUAGGAAAUAUCAUUCAGAAGGACAAAGACAACGAAAACUACUACUCCUUUGUCCAUCUCAACAUCCAGCAGUUUCUAGCCGCCAUAUUUUACAUUCUAGGGAGUGAGGAGGAAGACCAGGAAAACCACAGGAAGGACAUUGGGGAUAUACAAAAGCUGUUCACCACUGAAGAAAUACUGAAGAACCCCAACCUGACCCAGUUAGGAUACUUCAUAUUUGGCCUCUUGAGCAAAAACAGUGCCAAGGAGCUGGAGACAAAGUUUGGCUACCGAGUGUCAAGCGGGGUCAAAGAGGAAUUGCUGACAUGGAAAGUGAAGCCCAUCAAGUCCAAACCCUUCUUGUGGUCGGCCAUGAAGGACACUUUCCGCUGCCUCUAUGAAUCUCAGGAGGAGGAAUUUGUGAGGGACGCCAUGGCCCCUUUCACCGAACUGUCUCUCCACCUGAGAGAUGAAAUCGACAUGACACAUGCAGCUUUCUGUCUCAAGGGUUGUCACAAUCUGCAGAAGCUUUCGCUGAAGGUAACAAAGGAGAUGUUUGUGCAGCAUAAAUCCUUGAAAUCACAGCCUGAGAGGUACCAGAGGGAGCAACGCCUUCUCGACACCUGGAUGGACUUGUGUGCGGCCUUCACUUCAAACAAGAACCUGACGUCUCUGGAAGUCAACCAAAGCUACCUGAAGGACUACGCAGUGGUGAUUCUGGCCGAAUGCUUAGCCUCCAAGACAAACGGUCUCCAGAAGGUGGCGCUGAACAACGUUUCACCUGCUGAUGCUUACGAGGAACUCUGCGCUGUUUUCUGUAACCAGAAGACUCUAACCCAUCUGACCCUUCAAAGCAAUGGCUUGAAUAUGCUGCCCUUGUUAUGUUCGCAGAUCUUGACCUACCCAGAAAGUAACCUGCAAUACCUCAGGUUGGGGGUUGGUUCUGUUACCAUUCCACGGUGGGGUGAGUUCUCACUUGCCCUGAAAACCAACCAGUCGUUAACCUGCCUGAACCUCACGGACAAUGAGCUCUCAGAUGAUGGUGCAAAGCUGCUGUGUAAAUCGCUGAAGGAAUCAAACUGUUCCCUGCAGAGGUUGUCGUUGGAAAACUGUCGUCUUACAGAAGGCUGUUGCGAGGAUCUCUCCAUUUUGGUCAGAAAAAAGAAGCUGACACAUCUGUGCUUGGCCAAGAAUGAGCUUGGGAAUGGUGGGGUGCAGCUUCUGUGUAAGGGCUUGAGUGACCCCAACUGUAAACUGCAGACCCUGGUGCUGUGUUGCUGUGAAAUAACAGACAAUGGCUGCAAUCAUCUCGCAAAGUUUCUCCUAAAAAAGUCGAGCCUGACGCAAUUGGAUUUGGGGCAGAAUCGCUUAGGAGUUACGGGCCUGAUUUCUCUGUGUGAGACCUUGAAGGAUCCAGUGUGCAACCUGAAAUGUCUCUGGUUAUGGGGAUGCUCUCUGGUACCUUACAAUUGCAUGGACCUCUCGUCUGCCCUGAAAUGCAACCAAAGGCUGACCACUUUGGACCUAGGCCAGAAUUCUUUGGGAAAUAAUGGGAUAAAGAUGUUGUGUGAAGCCUUGAAGCAGCAAAACCAUUCCCUAACUAAACUGAGGUUACAGACCGAUCCAUUUGAUACUGAAAUGCAAAAGCUGCUGCAAGAAGUCCAAGACCGCAACCCACAACUGACUAUUGAGAAAGACGAGUACGAUCUCGGUAAUCCCAGGCCCUCUUGUCGUGACUUCUUCAUGUAA